AUAACAUAUCAUCAUAUAUCAAACUUCACCUCAAACAAAAACAAGAAAUAAUGUGCACCUCCAUUCAAAUCCAACCCCACCCCAAAUCCACUAUGAACCACCAGUCUAGCACCAUCGGUACUGGUAUCGUAUGCAAACAACUUCCACAAUUAAUUAACAUCCCGGAAGACCUACACCGCCACCACACGCACCGCGUGUCCCACAACCAAUGCUUCUCCACAAUAAUUCAACCCAUCGCCGCCCCCCUUGAGACCGUGUGGUCCCUAGUCCGUCGUUUCGACAACCCGCAAGCCUACAAACACUUUCUAAAAAGUUGUGAUCUCAUUGUUGGAGACGGUGACGUGGGGUCCGUGAGGGAGGUUCAAGUAGUGUCUGGGUUACCCGCCGCAUCCAGCAUGGAGCGGCUUGACAUCCUUGACGACGAACGCCAUGUCAUCAGCUUCAGUGUUGUUGGUGGGGACCACCGGUUGAAAAACUACCGGUCCGUUACCACCCUCCACUCGUCACCCACGUGUGGCGGGGGUACGGUGGUUGUGGAGUCGUAUGUUGUGGACGUGCCGCCGGAGAACACCAAGGAAGAAACGUGUGUGUUUGUGGAGACUAUUGUACGAUGCAACUUGUUGUCACUGAAACAACUCGCCCAGGAUUUGGUUCAUGAUAAAUAAGGGGAAAAAAGGAAAAUUGUGUCUUGUGUUUUAACAGUUAAUAUUUAGGCAGUUACGUAGUUUUUCAUGGGAUUUUUUUAUCGAGUCGUGGUUAUUUCAUGGUGAAAUGUACUAGAUCGAUUAUUCUCAUGUUUAAUAAAAUAUCUUCAUUUAUUUUUCUAUCA